ACACCUCGAUUGUAGGGCUGUUGCUAGGUGCACCCAGCAAUUGAAUGAACUUCCUAAAAUACCCUUCAUUUAAAAAAUAAAAGUUAACAUAUUUUAAAAAAAAACAUUUUCUUCUUCUUCCGUUUUAAAAAAUGUUUUCUUCCGCGCUUUCCUUCUUCUCCCGUGCACCCAGCAACCUCCCCGCAAGCUUCUUCUUCCUUGGUUUCGUUCUUCUCCUUCCAAAAAGGUUCGUCUUCUUCCUUCGUCUUCUGUGUAUUAGAUAGCAAGCUUCUUCUUCCGCGCUUUGAAAUUUGGUUCCCUUCUUCUCCUCCACAGGUAUUGGCAUCCUCCAUUGACUAGCUUUAUUCGUUUCUUCCACCAUCCAGGUUAGUGUUCUAACCUCGUGUCUUCAUUUGGAAGCAUUAAUGGUCGUAGGAUAGACGACAUGAGUGAUGUGUGGUGGCUGAGGUUGAAGACGAAGGUUCUUCCGCGCAUGUGGAAGGGGUAGUUGGAUAUUGAAGCGGAAGAAGGAGUUCUUCCGCGGGAACCUACGGAAGAAAGGGGAGAAGGUUCUUUCGCGGGUUCCGGCGGAAGAAGGCGAAGAAGGUUCUUCCGUUGGAUCCAGCGGAAGAAGGUUCUGAAGGUUCUUCUGCGGGAUCCAGCGGAAGAACUAUGUCUUCCACAGAUCCCACGGAAGAACCUGCGGAACCUUCUUCCGCAGACAACAUUUCCUGGUCGCGGAAGAACCUGUGGAACCUUCUUCCGCAGGCUACCUAUCCUUCUCACGGAAGAACAUUCAAAACUUCUUCCGCGGAGCAUGUUUUGCUGUUUUUUGGUUAUUUUUCUUGAAAAUUUUGUUUGAACCACCAAUUUAUUGAUAUUAGUAAUUAUUAUUUUUAAUUUAUUUGCUAUUACAAAGUGUAUAUGGUAUUUAACUUACACAAACUCCCUAAUUUUGAUGCAUCACCGCUUUCAUUUGGUUAGGAUGUCUAAAUUGAAUUGUUAUUUGCUGUCAUUUGGUUAGGAUGUAUAAAUGACUGUAUACACUGCAUAAAUAUGUGGAUUAGUUAAGAUUCUUUUUCCCUGAUGAAUGAGAGGGUUAAGAAAAAAAAAAGGUAAGUUAGGAUACUAAUAUGCAACUAUUAGACUACUGUUAGACUUGUAAUUAAGAAAAAAUGAGACAAGAAAACAAAGUUCCUGUGUUACUCUGUUUCUAAAUUUAUUUUGAUAUUGAAAAGAAAUUUGUCUAAUCUAAUCUAAUAGCCUGCAACCUGUCAAUUACAAUGGGAAUUCUUUUGAUAUUGAAAACAAAUUUGUCUAAUCUGAUACCUACACAAUCUAAGCAAUGUUAUAAGCUUGGGCAAAGCAUCAAUCUGCUGCUCUCCAUCUCUUUUAUGUAAAUGCUUCCUCUUUUUUUUUCUUUUUUUGUCAAAAGAUCAAUUGAUCAUUCACUAAAAAUGUAUAACGGCACUUACAUAAGCAUAGUUGAUGCUAAUGAGAGUGCUACAAUCAAGCACGCAUGCACACUAGAUGCUAACAAGAUAGCAAUCUUGAAAAUACAAAACCAAAGAACAGAAACAUAUAAAAUACACAUUUCCCUGAUCUAAAGAAACCUAGAAAGUUCCAUGAGCUUUUUUCUUUUCUUUGGAAUUCCUUCUGAACAUGCACGCUCUCCACAAUAUCAUAUAAAUUAAGACAACUUAAAUCCAAUCUCUGAUUGUUAGACCAACAGCAAUAUGGAACUCAAACUUGUUCAUUGAAAACAAUAAAUGUGUCAGAUAGAGAUAAAACAGUGGGAAUUUUUUUAAGUGAUCCUCUAGGCCGUUUUUCCCCCCUUCGGAUCCGCUCAUGAUUUGAACCACUCAUCAUUCAUCUUGGGCUUUGUGUUACUAAUGAGAGAAGGGUAAGUGUUAAUCAUGUUGGAGCUGUAAAAAGAAUUUAAACAUGAUCCAAGCAGAAACCAAAAAUUCUGCCUAUUAUAUUUCCCUUGGAAGUAAAUCUUAUAAUGUUUGAUUUGAUUAUUCCCUUGGAAGCAAACAAUUUCAUUAUUCAAUUUCAGCUUUUAGGAGAAUUGUGUCUCCUAAAUUCUUUGUCCUAUUUUCAAAAUACUAAACCAAAAAACAAAAAGCAUGCCUUGAUUCUACAUGUCCCUCAUAAUGAAGCAUAAUGUCACAGAUAUCAUAAAUGAGAAUAUCACACAUAUCAUGAGAACAUCAUGUCCAAGAAACAUUGAAAACUUAAUUUGACCAAAUUAGUAAGAAACAAACAAAACAUGUGUUUGAACAAAUUUGUAAUGACAAAGCUUUGUUAUCAAUUAUUUGAAUAUUUAAUUUGACCAAAAAAAAUAAAUGCUCUUCAUGAUUUUAGAUCAUGGUUAGAACACGAGGUUUAGGUCGUGCGUUAGGAGUUGGUAGAGGUAGAGGCAUUAGUGAGGAUACGCAUGAGGCUGAUGUUUCUCUGCGUCGCAGACCUACUGCUUCAGCACGUAAGCAACGGGUUCGUCUGCGUGAGGACAUGACAGAGAGACCUGAGGAUGUGCCUCAGUUGCAUGAGGAUGUUCCUCAUGUGUCUGAUGCCACCCCAGAGAUGACAGGCGUCACCGAUGCUGUUCAGACAGAGGGAGUGGCUACUGAUGGGAGCUUGAGGUCACCUGCUGCAGAUGAGGGUUUCCCCGGUGGACCACGCGACCCACCGAUUUUGAUCGAUUUUGCUGAGCAUGUCGCACACAACAUCUGGAGUGGACAGGAACGACUUGAUCUGAAGUUGGUCUCCCACGGUAGAAAAGUAGAUAAAAUUGGGAGACCAGCGCCUGAGAUCGAAGGGUUGAUUGCUGGCACCGGAUUGAGUCCACUGAUCAGGUGUUCUGUUAUCACCACUGAUCCUGGACUCAUAUCCGCCUUCGUCGAGAGGUGGCAUCGCGAGACUAGCACGUUCCACCUGCCAGUAGGCGAGUUGACGAUCACGUUGGAUGACGUGGCGUCACUCCUACACCUUCCCAUCACUGGCGCGUUGCAUACGUUCGAGCCGCUUGUUACUUCAGACGCCAUUGGUCUACUGACGGAGCUUCUUGAGGUCAGUCAUGAGGAGGCUACAUUUGAGACCCGACAGGCUGGUGGGCCUCAUGUCCGGUUGGGGUGGCUUCGGGACUUGUAUCAGAGCCAGUGCAGGAGCAGACUAUGGGUUGUAGCAGCCCGCACGUAUCUGCUCCACUUGGUGGGUUGUACUCUUUUCGCCAACAAGAGUUCAACCCAUGUACAUGUCGUGCACCUGGAGGCUUUCAGGGACCUGGCCCAGGCAGGGGGAUUCGCCUGGGGAGCGGCUGCAUUAGUCCACAUGUAUGACCAUCUGAAUGACGCGUCGCAGGCCUCUACACAGCAGUUGGGCGGCUAUAUUACACUUCUCCAGUGCUGGAUAUACGAGCACUUUCCUACAGUGCAUACAUCCUUCGUUCAUGAUGUUUAUCAUGAGGGGAGCCCACGGGCCUGCAGGUGGCUUACGGGUAAAGCUCAUAUGACGAGGAUCAAGGGAGCCCUGUAUCGGAGAUGUUUGGAUGCCCUGAGUGUGACUGACGUGUGCUGGAUGCCCUAUGGUGAGCACUGGGGAGUCAGGGCCUUUGACUUGAUAUUGUCGUACACCGGCCAGCUCAGAUGGGGUCAGAUUGUGGUGUACGUUUGACUUGAGCGGGUUCUUCGACAGUUGGGCUACCUUUAGACAGUCCCUCCGUCGCCGGUUUGUGAUUCUUUGACGGGUGAUGAUAUAGAUGACCGGUGGCUGCAUUUUUUAGACCAUUUGGUGCCUUCAGGGGAGCUCUGUGUAGUUCCUAGACAGGUGGCGCCAGACUACAUGGAGUGGUUUUUUCGGAUAUCGCACCCAUUCGUCACAUGGACCGAGGAGACUGUUGCGUCGAGACAUCCGCCUCCCCCUCAUCAUGAGGAGUUCAUCGAGCCACCCAUCCCCGAGGUUUCAGUCGCGACCGAUCUCCCUAUGAAUUCAGUGGUUCACUGUGAAGGAUGUCAAGGGAUGGCACAGGAUUUAGGAGCGAUUGCUAAGGAUUUAGAGCGGGUCAUCAACCUCAGGAUGGUCACUGAGGGCAUUGACUUACAUGACAUCAUGACUCGUUGUCUGAGGAGAGCUAGAGGUAACGCCGCAGAUGAAAGUCUUAGGCCGCGCCAGAGACGCCGCAUAGAUUAGGAUUUAUAUUUUUAUUGUACUUAAAUUUUUAAUUUUUGUAUUUGUUUAUGUAUGUCAUAAAACACAUUUACUUACAUUAUUUAUGAUUUUUGUUUGUCUCUCUAUAAAUAUAUGGUUUGAAAUUUAAA